UUCCCAUUACACAUAGGCCUAAUACAUACUAUUGCAUUGAUUGCACUGAACUUGAAACAAAAUUAAGUAACAGGCGUAGGCGUGUAAAAAUAAACAUAAUAUUUUUAAUAAACCAUCAAUAAACACCGAUAGUUUUUAAAGGCAUUUACCAUGAAUCGGAAUAUUGACAAUAAAAGGGAAGCAGAAGCCCCAGCAGAAUUGGAAAGUCAAUUUAUUUUAAGGCUGCCUCAAGAACCAGCAAAAGCACUCAGGGAAUUGGUGCGAAGUGGAGUUACAAGUCUGAAGGAUCGGCUUUCUAUCAAGAUUGAAAAUGAUAUGAGAUAUGGAGAGGUCCGCAUGGAUCAUUGGCUCAUGCAUGCUAAGGUUUUGGACCUUCCUACCAUUUUGGAAUCAAUGAAAACUAUUGACAAGAAAAGUUUCUACAAGACAGCAGAUAUUUGUCAGAUUGUAAUUUGCAAAGAAGAAGAUGACCACACAACAACUGAUGAAGAAUCUCCGCAAAAACAGAAGAAAAAGGAUCCAAACAAGGUGGAAAAGAAGUUUUUGUGGCCACACGGGAUAACCCCACCAUUGAAAAAUGUUCGAAAACGAAGGUUUAGGAAAACACUUAAGAAGAAAUAUGUCGAAGCUCCAGAAAUAGAGAAAGAGGUAAAGCGACUGUUGCGAGGGGACAACGAGGCAGUGAGUGUGAGGUGGGAAGUGAUAAACGAGGAGGAUGAGAAGAAGGCGAACACGGCUGGCUCGGUGGUGAAGGAAGAGCCCCUCGCGCAGGGUGUUGCUAACAAUCCCGACAGUACACAACAUAGUGUUGAUGUUGCUGAACAUGACAUAUUCGGAGAGGCUGUAAGUGAUUCAGAAGACGAAGACCAGAACAUCAACAUUCUUGAACUGGAGGAGGAGAACAGUCGAUUGACGGCUGAAGACAGCAGAUUGUCCGACUCUGCUUCCUUACAUGGUACACAGUCGUCUGACCAGCAGCCGUCCACUAGUCUAGUGACAGAAUUCACCAAAGAGAUGUUCAGUCCUCAAGAUGUUGAAGGGGAGGGGGAUGUAAAGGUAGAGGAGACGGAGGGUGCAGCAGACAACAUCAGCUACGGCUACGACAUGUUCAAGUCAGAACUGAGCAGUCCCGGGCAACAAUACCUGUCCUCUCCAACCCACCAGAUGUCCACAGCUGAGAUCCGAGGCAGAAUGGAGAGUUUACAACAGCAGCUGGCUGAUUUGAAGGUGCGCAGACACCAACAAGAGCUGGAGAUCGCUAACAUUGAGAACUACGCGUUGCGACAACGGUUCCAGGACAUUCUGGACAACCUACUGCAAGAACAGCUAGAGAAAGAGCAACAGUAUCAAGAACUGUCUUCGCUGCUCUAAAUUAUGAUGAUGGGUGGAAUUGUGAAGACUGUAUAUACACUAAGUAGAGUUUGUUUAUAUGAAUAAUAUAUGAUAGAUUAAUUGUAAG